AUGUCGGAAUCUUACAGCGUCAAGGCCGCACAGGCGGCGGCUAUCAUUACGUCUGCUUUUGCGUCUGGCGGCAUCCUGCCCCUCUCCAUCAUCACCAUCCCCGCCUUGACUCUCCCUGCCCGCAAUUCCAGAUCAGAUCGCCAGCACCAGCAGCAGCAGCAGCAGCAACAACCACCACUAACACCAGCAUCCCACCUAACGCAUCAAUUCCUCAACAUCUACAACAAGGGAAAAAUCCUCUUCCCUUCCAUCGCCGUCACCUCCGUUCUCCUAUACUCGUACGUCGCGUAUGCACUCCGCGACGUGCGCAAUGGCCGUCUCUCGCGACUGUAUCUGGCUGCGGCGUCGCUGACGAUCGGCGUUGUGCCGUAUACGAUCGGGCUCAUGAUGCCGACUAACAAGCUGCUUGAGGCGCAUGCCACGCGCGACGACAACGGCAACGCCAGCGUGGACCAGAAGGACCAGAAGGAAAAGGAUGAAGUCCGACAGGCGCAAGAUCGCGAAGUCCCUGCACUGCUGGAAAAGUGGACGCGGCUGAAUGCCGUAAGGGGGGUUUUCCCGCUCUUGGGAGCUGCGCUUGGGGCGGCGGUGAGCUUUGGUUUGGUUUGA